AAGCAGUUUACUUUUCCCUUCAUAUUGUAAAGAUUUUAACCUCAUAUAAUUCGUGCCCAACAUACGCAUAUACCACAUUAAACUAUGGCCGUCAACAGGGACCGCUACACUUUUCAACUUGCGGAGCUCAAAUCCACCAAGUCGUCGGCUUUGGCCUUCGCGGAGAUUGCUGCCAACUUUAUUCGUAGCUACAAGGAUAACAAGUUUUACGACGUCAUCACUUCCACCAUCAUCACCACCCUCCUCAAAUCUCCAAACGCCGUUAAUGAGGAAGUCCUCAAGAAUAUGGAGGCAGCCCUCGUAGAACAACAAGGCAUACUCAUUCAGAAAGAGCGUGAGAAGGAAAAGCGUCCUAAGAAGUGGGUUGCAGAGGUUUACAACUCAAAGAUCGAUGAAGACUCUGAUGAAGAGGUGGAUGAGAUUGACCCAGAUGAAAUGGAGCAACGACGCAUCGCCGAGGAAGAGGCCGAGAAAGAGGCGGAAUCUGAAUGGGAGCUGGUCCGGGAACGCACAGAGGCAUUUCUUGAGCAGCGGAAAGCGAACGAGAUGCUUCUUGCACAGAAAGCGCGCCAGGUCGACACGAAGGCAUUUGAAGAUCACCUGAAGAAUUACGGUGCAGUGUUACUGAAUCCAGGUGAGCUUAACACCAAAAAAGGUGGCAAGCAGGGCGGGAAGGCGACUUCACAAAUCAGUGAGGAGGAGGUUGGCAAGCUAUAUCGUGACGUCGCUGAAGUAAGUAAGGAAAAGGAUCGCUUGAAAUUGGUGCUUUCUAUCAGUGAUGAGGAGAUACCCGACAAGUGUAAAGAAGUUAAGCAGGACCUGGCUAGACUAAUGGAAGAAGCCAAAGAAAAGGGUCCCUUCGUGAAUGUGAAAGCCAAAACGUCCUUAAGUAAGGCACAGAUCUCGCAACUCCAGCAAAAGCUCAGUAAGCAAAUGAUUGAAAAGAAUCGCCUAGCACUUCAGCUCAAAGCAAUGGAGGUCAACGAAGCACGAGCAGAGCUCAUGCGGGUACUGACAGAGAGAGACUCGAUCAUUGUGUCAAUGGAACUGGCGGAGGCUUCUUAAAACGCGCAACGCAUCCCUUUCAUAAGAAGGGUCCACUAUUAUUCUUUGAUAGGUGUUGUUAUCCCCCUUGAUGUUACGUAAUUAAGUCCGCUUUGAGAAAAGUGAUUUUGCUUUACUAGGGUCUGUCCUUUCUUGCCUCUUUUUUGGUUGUUCAAGAUAGUGGUGUGUAAGCUAUGCUAAAGGGGAUUCCAUUGGGCCAUAGACUGGUCUCUAAAAUAAUAUUAUUUUUCUUUUAGUUAUUUAUUUCCUUUUAAAUAGUAUAUACAUAUAUAUAUAAUACUAAAAGAAAAAA